CACCCCAUCCCGUACUCCGACCACUCGUCCUUCUCGGAGCUGUGCGAGUUUGUGAAGUGGCUGAAGCCUUGCUCCAUCAUCCCCAUUGUGAAGGGCAGCACGUGCCAGGUUUACUUCCAGGAAUACCUGAGCUCUGCCCCUCAGGUACUUCCUGACUUCACAGUCCCAAAGCCUGUGCAAGAAUCCAAAAACCAAAGGAGGGCACAGACACCCACGUGUCUCUGGAAAAGAGCCACGCUGCAUUCUGCACCCCAAGGAGUUGUUUAUGAGUCCCCAGAGAAAUAUACUGAGAAACCUGAAGUGCUAACAGGUGUUAAAGCUCCUAAGCAGCACUGCUGUGAGUCAGCUUUCUGCCCAAAAGAAGGUCGUACUUGUCACAGGGACGAGGAGAAAGGGAAGGAAGAGCUGAGCAGGGAACAGCCAGGAGCAGCAGGAGGAGCCAGCACUGUUAGCCAGGCACCUGUUUCCCGUGAGCACUUUCCAAUUGGAUUUGCAGAGCAGUAUUUACUCAGUCCCUUAAGUAUCCUAAAGCAGAAUUCCUCAGAGACAUUUGAUGAGCUGGUAGAAGACUUCUUUAGGAGAGGAGAAGUGCCAUGA